AUGGCGAGGCACGCGGGGUUGUCGGAGCGAGCCACCCACAUCUACGAAGCAAACCGGAUGAACGAAGACGACGAGCCUCGCCUUGAAGCCUUCUACGAGACAUGGGAAGUGUACCUCGCGGAGUCCAAGCUCACGCCGUCACCACCGCUGUGUGCCACCGCCCGGUGCGAGCUGCGCUCAUGUUCCACCCCGCAAGGUACAAAGCCGGGGAAGGCUAUUGUGCCAACAGGCACCAAGGUGCCCGGCGCGAGGCGCUCCAACUCGCGAGAAAAUACGACGGUGGUCGCCAGCAUCGGCGCCGACGGCCACACCUACAACCCUAUCAUCAUCUACAAAGGCCAGCGUAUGCAACCCGCUUGGAUCCAGGACAAGAACGGCAUCCCCGAUGCGAAGUACACCGUCACGGAGUCAUCCUUCAUCCAGAGCCACGUGUUCCUCGACUACCCUCGAGACCUUUGCGAGCAGCUCGAUGCACGCGGCUUGCAGGGCAAUAUUGCCCUUGUGCUCGACGGCCACGCCUCGCACACGACCUUCGACGCCAUCAGCUUGGCCAUCUCUCUGGACAUCGACCUCUUCCAGCUCCCGUCCCACACAUCGCACAUCACCCAGCCCUUGGACGUUGGAACGUUCGGAACCUUCAAAAAGGAGCUCACCAGGGUGCUCACGGCCUACCCACUGAAAAUCGGGGGGAGGAGUCCGGUGAAGCGCGACAUGGCUGGCGUGAUUGCGGAGGCAUGCAGAGGGAGCUUCACGCCUGCGAACAAUAUGGCGGCGUUCAAAGGGUCGGGCUUGUGGCCGGUGAACGUGGAGAAGGCCAUCAACCGACUACACAGCAAGAGGAAGCAACGGGAGAAUGACCGCCCUAUCCCUAAAGACCUCGCCGUCGUUGCCUCCAAGAAGCAGCUCGAAAAAGAUCUCGGCCACGCUGCCCUCCUGGAGCUGAAACGACAGGGAGUGGUGAUGGAGGGGCUCCGCAUGAACACCGUGUUCCUCGGCGGGCUCACCCGCCUCACCAAGCGCUCCAAGUCUUUCGCGACCGUUCGGAAGGUCGGGGGGCGCGGCUGUGGUGGGGGUCAGGAAGGGCGAGACGGGUGCGGCCAGGGGCAGGGUCGCCGGGGCCGCCCCGCUGGUGCUCGCGGAGAGGGAAGGGGGGUGGGUGGGCGUGCUCACGGAGAGGAAAGGGGGGCUGGUGGGCGGGUGGGGGCCGGUGCUCGCGUCCAAUGA